AUGAGUGGCGGGGCGGCCGCCGACCUGGCCAAACGGCGGGCGGAGCAGCCUAGCCUAAGCGGCGGUAUCCGGGCCGCUAUCAACCGGAGACUAUCCAGGCCUGCAGUCUAUGACAGUCCGGAAACAAGCAAAGGCAGUGAACUCCAACUUGCUGAUUGCGAACGAAUCAUUGAUGAUUUGAACGGCCAGGUAGCUGCCUUCCGAGACUUGCUUAUACACGUGGGCAAGAACCAGGACGGUCCAGAAGUCCGUGAUAAGAUCCGGGUGCUUAGAAAAAAGUGUGUCGAAAGGUGUGGAGCGGCUAAUAGAAUCCUAAUGCCACAGAUCAAAUCGGACGUGUCGGACGGCAUUCCAGUGGACAGCCAGCAUCUGGUGAAUCUCGUUUGCUGUACGCAACUCCUGCUCAGAGAGAUUCACAAGUGUAGAUUGCUUGUUCACGCACAUCCAAUGGACAUGACGAGUUACUACGAGAGGAGGCCUCGUUCUUCUGGAGUGGCAGUUCUAGACAAACUCAUACUUUGGCGACCGCCAUUACAUGACUACCACCAGGAAGAACUAAUAUCGAUACAAAGGGACAUGGAUUCUGUAACGACUAUGUUGAAUGAAAUGUUAGAUUUCAUGCCCCAAGAAACAGGAGGAAAAUCCUUAGAAGACAGUUUCCACAAAUGGCGGCGACGAAGAAAAAGAGCUUUGUACAGAAAAUGUGGCUAUUGGAACUGUUUUGGUAGAUCUCCUACUGUUUGCUAA